AUGAAUGCCUCUGACCCCGUCGACGUUGCCGAGGUGGCCAAGUCAAAGGCUGCCUCUAACGAUGUGGCUCUCAAUGAGAAGGUCCCUGUCAUUGAUGAGAUGACCAUUGACAGCGCUCCGCAGCAGGGGGUCACAUAUGUUGAUGGUGAUGAAUCCCUCGACAAGACCGCUCCCACCAUCGACGAGCUGGCCAACCUACGUCGUGUGUCAGGCAAAAUCCCGUGGUCCGCGUACACAAUUGCCUUUGUGGAGUUGUGCGAGCGAUUCUCAUACUACGGUACCACCGCAGUGUUCGUCAACUUCAUCCAACGUCCCUUGCCCGAGGGAUCCACCACAGGUGCCUUGGUGGCGGGCAGCUCCGACUGGAGCAAUGGAACCCCCGGUGCGCUGGGAAUGGGCCAGCAGGCCUCCACCGGUUUGACAUUGUUCAACUCUUUCUGGUCUUACAUUAUGCCCUUGGCUGGUGCUUGGGUCGCCGAUCAAUACUGGGGUCGAUUCCGCACUAUCUUCUCGUCGAUUGCCUGCGCGCUGGUCGGCCACACUAUUCUCAUUGUCUCUGCUAUUCCCCAGGUUAUCGCUAGUCCCAAUGGCUCCAUUGCGGCUUUCACUAUCGGUCUGGUCAUCAUGGGUGUGGGUACAGGUGGUUUCAAGUCCAACAUUUCUCCCCUCAUCGCUGAGCAGUAUCGCGAGACCAAGCCCUACGUCUCCACCCUUCCCAGUGGAGAGCGUGUGAUUGUGGAUCCCGCUGCGACAGUGGCCCGUAUCUACCUGUACUUCUACCUCAUGAUUAACGUUGGUUCUCUGACCGGUCAGAUUGCCAUGGUCUACGCAGAGCGCUAUGUUGGAUUCUGGUUGUCAUACCUGCUUCCUACUGCCUUGUUCUGCCUUUGCCCUACUGUUCUGUUCCUUUGCCGGAACAAGUACUACCUCACCCCUCCCAGUGGUUCUAUCUACCCCAAGGCUUUCAAGUUGUGGAGUUUGGCUAUGAAGGGUCACUGGACCUUGAACCCCGUCAGAUGGUUCCGCAAGUCCGAGACCAACAUCUGGGAUAACGUUAAGCCUAGUGUCCUUGGUGCCAACAAGCCCGCCUGGAUGGACUUCGAUGACGCCUGGGUUGAUGAAGUCCGUCGUGGACUCUUGGCCUGCAGAGUUUUCCUGUGGUACCCUCUAUACUGGCUGGCCUACAACCAGAUGUUGAACAACCUGACCUCCCAGGCCGCCACCAUGAAGCUCGGCGGUGUCCCCAACGAUAUCAUCAACAACUUGAACCCCUUCGCCCUAAUCAUCUUCAUCCCCAUCUUCGACCAAAUUGUCUACCCCGGUCUCCGCAAGAUGGGCUUCAACUUCACACCACUGAAGCGUAUCACCGCUGGUUUCUGCAUGGCCGGAUCCGGUAUGAUUGUCGCCGCCGUCACCCAACACUACAUCUACAAGCUCGGUCCUUGCGGUGACCAAGCCAACUACUGUCUCGAGGUGAAGGGUGAAUACACCAACAUCUCCGUGUGGAUCCAGGCCCUCACCUACAUUCUGGGUGGUAUCUCCGAAAUUCUCGCAUCUGUUACAUCCCUGGAAUACGCCUACACCAAGGCCCCCAAGAACAUGCGCUCUCUGGUCCAGGCCGUCGCACUCUUCAUGAACGCCAUCUCCUCCGCCAUUGGUCAGGCAUUCGUUGGUCUAUCCGUCGAUCCUUUGCUGGUCUGGAACUACACCUUGGUUGCUUUGUUGGCUUUCAUCGGUGGUGCCGGUUUCUGGGCAACCAACUACAAGUUGGAUCGCGAGGAAGAUGCCAUGAACAUGCUUCCUGAUAGUCAGAUGGGCAACCGUGAGGUCGUCGAUGAAGAGCGCAAGUAA